AAAAGCUCAAAUAGACUGGAAGUCUGUAGAUGGCGUGUUUACAAAGCCAAGGCAAUUGCAUUUGGCUAAAGGCACAGAUGGGUUAGACCAUUGCCCAGUAAAAGGAUGUGAACAUUCAGCAUUUCAAAGUCGAAGAGGUUGUCGUAAACAUGUUAAAACAAAGCAUGGUUGGUAUUACUAUUCUGAUAAAAAGCCCAAUGUGUGCCUUUCGCCGUUUGCAAGCACAGAAACGGAGCAAAAAGGGUGUAAAACAGUUCCUGGCUGUUCUACAGAUAAUGACUUUGCUCACUCGUUUUCCAAGUGGCUUCAAAGCACCUGCGGUGGCAGCAUAUUUCUGAAACAAUUGGACAUUUCAGUUAGCAGAGCAUUAAAGUUUAUAAAGUUUGUUGUGAUGAGAAUGGUGAUGGCAAAGAAGACGUGCUAAAUUCUCCUAAUUUGAACGAUUUCCUUUGUAAUGUGUGGUGCAAAUGGUAAAUGUACAUGUUGUGAUUUCACGUCUUGGGGUCUCCACAACUGUUAACAAAAUUUGUGCAGUCUAAAAGAAAAGUGGGGUCUUGGACAAUCAGCACAAAUUUCUUACGUGGCAAGUAUUUCAGACUUAAUGGAUUUUCGCAAAUUUAAUCGUCCCCCUGCAUCAGUGCUUCAAAACUUUGCCAUUACCGAGGUGUAUGUGAAAAGAGCAAGAAAGUGUUUAGCAAAGGACAUGAGAUCAAAUUGGACAACCGAAUUAGACAUAGAGACCCUGGAAUCGCGUAGAAGUUGGGCAACCCUUUCCGAAGUACAAUCUGUAAUUCCAUUUCAUGAGGAACGUUAUAAAUCUGUAUUAGAAAAUUGUGUUGUAUCUCCUUUGUGUGGUCAUUUGUAAGUUAAUUGUUUACUACAUAUGAUAAUUAGGUGUUAUUGUAAUUAGUAUAUAAUGCAUGGUUGAACAUGUAGUUUUAGUUCUUAAAAUAAUAAUAUAUCGAGGACUUUACAUGGUGUCAGGUGUUUGGGGAAGUGAAAUAAUCGGAAAAGAGAAAAACCCGGCCGAUAACAUAUUUUCGAAUGGCGACAGCACAGAUCCCUUUGCCUGAAAAGUUAGAUUAAAAAAAGCCAGAAGAUUGGAAGCGAUGGAUAGAACGCUUUGAAUGCUAUUGCAUUGCAGCGGGACUUGACGACAAAGACGACAAAGUCCAGAUAAACACUUUGGUUUAUGCAAUGGGUGGAAAUGCCAACGAUAUCUUGAAAAGCUUUCAUCUCAGCGAAAAAGACUAUGUCUACGAGACAGUUGUUCAACAAUUCGCAUCGCAUUUUGUGGGACGGUCAAAUGUUAUAUUCGAACGAGCUCGCUUUAAUAAACGUGUACAAGGCGAGAAGGAGUCGGUGAUCGAUUUUAUCGAAGUGCUAUACGAAUUAGCAGAGACAUGCCAGUUUGGAGAUCUAAAGAAUGAACUUAUACGAGAUCGUAUUGUGGUUGGUAUUCGAAAUGCAAGUCUAUCACAAAAGCUGAUGCAAGACGAGAAAUUGACUUUGGAUAAAGCUGUAAAAGAAGCCAAAUAUCCGAAUAUAAAGCUGUAAAAGAAGCCGAAUAUCCUUCAGGGAGAUGGCGAAGAUGGAAAAAUUAAUCGCCUCCGCAAGACUAAGGGACGAAAUAAACCAAAAUCGCCAGAGAACUCGAAAGGAGAGCAAAUUUUGAAACCGUAUCAAGCCGGUAAAAGUCAAUGUUAUCGAUGUGGGAAAUCGCCAGUGCACAAAAGAGAUGCUUGCCCUGCUAUUAAUGCGACAUGUUUAAAAUGCAAAAAGCAAGGACACUUUGCUGCAGUUUGUAGAAGCAAGAAAGUUCGCUCAGUUACCGAAGAAACCGACCCGAAGUGCUCAUAUUCCGAAGAUUACUUCCUUGGUGAGAUUAGCGACCAUGAAAGUAAAGAAGAUUGGUCCUUGGUGAGAUUAGCGACCAUGAAAGUAAAGAAGAUUGGUCGGUAAACUUAUCGCUAGGAAGGACAAAAGUACGAUUCAAGAUUGACACUGGGGCCGACGUAACGGUAAUACCUGAAGCUGAUUAUUUGCGAAGUGGACUUCCACAACUUAGGUCAACAUCCAAAACUUUGUUUGGACCUGGUCAAGAGAAACUGCCCGUUAAAGGAGUUGUCAAAGGCGUAUUGAAAACUUCAAGUUUGAAAGAAACACUGCAAGAUAUUUAUGUUAUUGGGAAUCUUAAAGAGCCUUUGCUUGGAAGACCUGCUAUUGAUGCCCUAAACCUCGUGCAGAAAGUAGAAACUAUUCAAGCUGACGAGAGCAGUGUGAUCGAAGACGAAGUUAAAUCCACUUAUCCAAAUUUGUUCAAAGGCCUAGGAGAGUUGGAUGGUGAUUUCAGUAUUAAAUUGAAACCUGACUCAACACCCUUCGCUCUGACGACGCCAAGAAGAGUAGCAAUCCCGCUCUUGAACAAAGUCAAGGCAGAAUUGGAGAGAAUGAAAAAUUUGGGCGUUAUCUCGAAAGUCGAUGUACCCACCGAGUGGUGUGCAGGGAUGGUCGUUGUACCCAAACCAGAUGGCAAUAUUCGAAUAUGUGUCGACCUAACGAAACUCAACGAGAAUGUUCUUCGCGAGACUUACCCUCUUCCAAAGAUAGAUAACCUAUUAGCACAGAUCAGCGAAUCCAAAAUCUUCACUAAAUUGGAUUGCAAUUCAGGAUUUUGGCAGGAAAAGCUAGACGAACAAUCUCGGUUAUUAACCACGUUUAUCACGCCGUUUGGCAGGUUCUGUUUCAAUCGAAUGCCUUUUGGUAUCAAGACGGCACCUGAGCAUUAUCAGAAGAAGAUGAAUGAAAUUUUGGAAGGCCUGGAUGGUCAAGUAUGCAUAAUUGAUGACAUAUUGAUCCAUGGGAAGACCCAGAAAGAACAUGACACUAGACUUAGAGCAGUGCUGAAGAAACUAGAUGAAUCUGGAGCUACACUUAAUCCAGAGAAAUGCGAGUUUUCAAAGAAAGAAGUCAAGUUUGCUGGUUGUAUCCUUAACGAAGAAGGAAUCAAGUCUGAUCCCGAUAAAAUAGAGUCGAUUCGAGACAUGGAUGCACCUCAGAAUGUGGGCGAUGUACGUAGAUUCCUUGGAAUGGUCAACCAACUUGGGAAGUUUAUUAACCACUUAGCAGAGAAAACGAAGCCAAUUAGAGACCUCCUUAGUAAAGACAAUCAGUUUCUAUGGGGACCAGCUCAACAAGAAGCCUUUGGGAAGUUGAAAGUCGAAUUAAGUUCCACACCAGUACUUGCGUAUUAUGAUCCUUCCAAGAAAACCAUUUUGUCAGCAGAUGCCUCCUCUUAUGGUCUUGGGGCUGUCCUUCUACAAGAACAAGAGAACGGUGAAAGAAAGCCAAUUGCAUACACAUCCAGAUCUAUGACUAGCACCGAACAGUGCUACGCUCAGAUUGAAAAAGAAGCUUUGGCAACAACUUGGGCGUGCGAGAAAUUCAACGAUUAUAUUCUUGGGAAAGAUAUCCUCAUUGAGACAGAUCACAAACCACUU